AUGGAAGAGUCCAUAGAGCUUUCACCUGAUGGGAACUCUCUAAUAAAAGCUGUCUAUCACAGAAGACUUCGUCUCACAAGAUUGUUAUUAGAAGGUGGGGCCUAUAUCAAUGAAAGCAAUGACCGUGGUGAAACCCCUUUAAUGGUUGCUUGUAAAACAAACCAUGUGGACCACCAGAGUGUCAGCAAAGUCAAAAUGGUGAAAUAUCUUUUGGAAAAUAAGGCAGACCCAAAUAUCCAGGACAAAACUGGAAAGACAGCCUUGAUGCAUGCAUGUGUGCAGAAAGCUGGUCCUGAAAUCAUUUCCUUGCUGCUUAAAAGUGGAGCAGAUGUGAGCUUGCAAGAUCACUCUGGCAAUUCAGUUCUUGUUUACUCAGUGAACUCAGAGGAUAAAGAAACACUGAAAGUUCUUUUAGAUGCUUGCAAGGCAAAAGGAAAGGAAGUGAUAAUCAUUACAAAAGAUAGGUCUCCAUCUGGAAAACAACGAACAAGGCAAUAUUUGAAUGUACCUCCACUUGACAGUGAUGAAUCUCAGUCUCUAGAUUCUUGCACUUCCCCAUCAGAUGUAGAAGUUAAAACAUCUCCAUCUCUAUCCACAAACACAAGCCAAAAAGAAAAUGCUCUCUUUAGCUUUAAAGAAAAUAAUUAUCCUGGAAGAAAGGAAGAUUCACCUGAACCACAAUCGCCUUCAAGGAAAACACACAAUGGACCUCAAACGCAACAUGCAUUCUCCGAACCUUGGAUGAAGUCCAAUUCUUCAAUAGUGGGACAGAAUCAAAUACGAUCUUUACAAGAGGAGCUUCAGGAUAUAACACCUGAAGAAGAGCUGUAUCUGAAAAUUAACAGCCUAGCCCUGUCUAAGAGGUUUAUCACUAGACAUCACAGCAUUGAUAUCAAAGACACCCUUAAUUUCUUGAAAAACUUAGAGCAAACUUCCUCAAGAAAAAUGUCCAGCGAUGAGAUAGGUUCUCAUCUGAUCUCCGGUGAGAUAAAUCGAAGUGAAAUUCCUGUAGAGCAGAAUUCAGAUUCAGCCCAAACAAGUUUUGUAUCCACUCUGAAAAGUAUUGUUCACAGAAGAAAUCUGGGGGCAAAUCACUACAGUUCUGAUUCACAGUUGACAACGAGCUUAAGCCCCCUUACAGAAGACAGCAAAAUGCUCCUUGGAAAGAAAAAGCUUCUCUCCCAAACACCAUCACUGUCAUCUAGUUCCAGAGAACUGAUUGAAAAUAUGCCUCCCACUUUCUUGAGCAGGAGAAAUCAUGCUAUUUUAGAGAGACGGGGUUCAGACCACACCACUUUGUCCAGACCUGGAUUUCUUCCUCCCUUAAAUGUGAACCCGCAUCCUCCAUUUUCUGAUAUACACAAGAUAAAUUCAUUUUCUUGUGGACAAAAAACCCUAAUUCCAACAGCACCGGCUUACCCUAAGGACUUCAAAACUAAGACUCUCUUGACACGGAGGCAGUCGUUGCAAACUGAGCAGAUAAAGCAGCUGGUGAAUUUUUAGCUGAUUACAAAGCAACAGCUGUACAUGGCAUUGUAACAACCUGAAGUAUGAGAGUUGGCCGCCGAAGUUUCUACGUAACAAGGCAGCAGUUCCAUAUCUCUUACUCAGCACCAAACAUUCUCCUUGAGCUUCAGCUGUGAAAAAGAUGCUUUUAUUGGCUAUGGAUAAAAUAUGAUGCAAAAUAUUCUGCCUUCACCAUAACUUCCAUAGUAAGAAACUAUGGGUAUGAUUCCCCACUGCUGCACAGCAAAUAUAACUACAUUUUUUGGAUGAGGCAAGACUUUGAGUUUGUUAAUACUAAGCAUUGUCUUUUAUGAGACCAGUGGUGCUUUAACUAGUGUGUGACUAUAUUUCAGCAGCUAUUAAGAGACUAAAACUCAUGCAGCGCAAUUGAGAAUGGGACUAUACUGUGGCAAAAGUUUCAGUAUGUAGUUAAAUGUACUUAAGCCCAUGGAUUUCAGUAGGCUUAGUCAUACUUCACUGUGGACACAGUCUAUUAUUUUUAUAUCAAAGUAUAAUUUUUAAAAGGUAAUUUUGUAAAGGCGAAUGCACCUUGAGGAAAAUUAUAUAUAUUUAGCAACAAUUUUAAAGGUGGAGUGUAUGAACCAUAGAAAGUACAGCAGUGUAAAAAAGAACUAUGAUUUGAUCUAGUUGUUGACCAAUGGAGGAAAUGGUUUAAAAUUCAAAGUACUUUUUCUCAGUUUUACAAAGCAAAUGUCCUCCUAUUUAGCUCUUUGAAGCUUUUGGUGUUAAUAUACCAGUAUAUAAAAUAUUUAUUUAAUUUUUUCAAGAAGAAGUGGAGGUGAUAAAAGUCAGCCAGAGCUACAGUAUAUUACAUGAUUGAGUGACUGAGCUCUGAAAUGUAUUGUUGGCAUUCAGACUUAUUCUGGUCCUGGUAUUUAACAAUAUGGAACAAACUUUAAAUGAAUAUGAUGCGGGGGUGUGCAGAAAUCUUACAUUUUGGACACUUAAAUAAUACAGUAAUUCCAUGUUCUUAUGGUGGCAAAGCUUUGACAUUGAUGAGAUGAGAGGGGGAAAGCCCAUAGAAGCAUUAAGUUAUUUAUUAGUCCAAGUGCACUUUGAGUAUGGUUUUUGUGAAAAGCAUUGUAAAAAGAACACACUAUGAAAUUUAUCCAGUUACAUUAUUGUGCUAAUACAAAGCUCAUUGUGCCAGUG